GCGUGAGGAUCAUGUCCAUGGAAUGAAGUAACUAACCCAGUCCCUUGACUUGGCUCGCUGGUUCGAUUCGAUUCGAUUCUCGGAGAUGAAGAAGGGCUUGAUGGAUAGCUAUGGCGUUGCUGUGAUUGUGUUGGCUUUGAGUUUGUGUUUGGGUUCAUCAUCGGAGCAAUUAAAUUCACGAGAAUGCGAGAAUCUCGGUUUCAUCGGACUCGCCUUGUGCUCCGACUGCAACACUCUCUCCGAGUACGUCAAGGACAAAGUGAUUAUUUGAAUCGUCUAAAUCAAUAUCGCCAGAGGGUUUGGACUUGUAAAAUUACUGGAAAAUCUGGCUUGACUUAUGAAGAGGUUCUGGUGUUAGAGAAGCAUGCUGCUGAGAAAGUUCAACAGAUUCCGGAAGAAUUAGUGGCACCUGCUCUAAGGAUUAUCCAUUACACCGACAGGUUGGCGGGUAUGAUUUACAGGAGCAUACAAGUUGUAGUCUUUUCUAACAAACUCAACUUGCUUAUGCCUUUUGGGCCUCUUGCAAUUCUUGUACAGAAGUUGACUGGUCAUCUUGGUUGGGUCUUUGGUCUGAGUUUGUUGGGGAUAAUGCCUCUGGCAGAGCGAUUAGGUUAUGCUACCGAGCAGCUGGCGUUUUACACUGGAGAUACUGUUGGGGGUCUUUUAAAUGCUACAUUUGGAAAUGCAACAGAACUGAUCAUCUCAAUAUAUGCACUGAAAAGUGGAAUGACACGCGUUGUCCAGCUCUCUUUGCUGGGUUCAAUUUUGUCCAAUAUGUUACUGGUGCUUGGGUGUGCAUUCUUAUGUGGUGGGAUUGUUAAUCACGAGAAGGAGCAAGUGUUUAACUAGGCAGCUACUUCCGUGAACUCAGGAUAAAAAAAUAGUCCCUAAUUAAUUAUUAUCAUGUACUACUAAUUAAAGGGCAGCAACUGGGAGUUCAAUGAACCUGGCUAGAACACUGGGUCCAGCAAUUGCUGCACACAACUACAAGGGCAUGUGGAUCUAUCUCACAGCUCCAAUACUUGGAUCUCUAUGUGGGGCAGGUGCCUACACUGUGCUCAAGCUGCCUGAUCACAUCAGGAAGAGUGAUAGCAACACUGCAAGAGUGAUAGCAAGACUUUACCCAGAAUGAGUGAUUUUUGCACAUGCACUUAUCAUGCAUGCAUCUUCUGUGGCUGUUGUUGUUUUAAUAAAAAAACACUGCUAACGCAUUCUAGAAAAAAAAAAAGCUGAAAGAAUUUGCUUUUAGAAAAAGUAUGCAACAUAGACUUUUUUUUUUUAAUGCUUUUGGAGUGGUAGCCUUUAGUCCUUGACAUAAUAGUUUGAUUGGAAAUCAUUAACAAAUCCAAAUCAGAAAUUCUUGCCUAUAACUUAUUGUUGUUUAUUUGUAUCCUAUGAUCAUGAAUAAAUUCAGCACAGAUCCAAACCACAGUUGAUUAUCACUGUAGAAUUGGGCAUAAUUCAAAUCAAAUAUGCUAUGACUUGUCCAAAAGCCAGCCUCAUUGACUCAUUUGAAAUAACAUUAUUGAAGUUACUUUGUCUCUA